GGUCCUGAGUUUACAGCAGGAUCUCGAGCUCGUCGUGACCCAAGAUGACCUCCCUGCUGACCCCGGGUGUCCUGAGGUUUGCGGAGACGCUGCGCGGCCUGAGGUCAACACCGGUGGCCGUAGCGUACCUCUGUCUCAUCCCGCUUUCUAUUGGCUGGCAGAAAACCACCAAGCCAAGGUCACUACGCAAGACCCUGGUGGUGUAUAACCUGUUGUGCAGUGUCCUCAGCCUGUACAGUUUCGCGGCGUUUGCGUACGGCGUGUUUUUCAUCAGCCCGUCCUGGUUCCACAAGGCAGAGGUCAACGCCCUGAAGCACGUUUUCCUGCUCUACUGGAUCACCAAGAACCUGGAACUCUGGGAUACCAUCUUCAUGGUGUUACGGCACAGACGGAGACAGAUGUCGUUCCUGCACGUGUAUCACCACACCUCCAUCCUCCUACUCUCCGACUUCUGCUACCACCACUACCCCUGGGCCGCCAUGGCGGUCCCCCUCGGCCUGAACUCUCUCGUGCACGUGUUCCUGUACCUGUACUACGGCCUGUCCGCAGCCUUCCCCGACAAGCCGUUACCAUGGAAACGGAGGGUGACAGAGCUACAGAUUGUGCAGUUUUUCAUCGGGUUAGUGCACAGCUCCCUGGGAUACCUGUACCACGGCUUCUGUAUCUACGGGAUUGGCUAUGGGCUGAGCAUGGUCGCUCUGUUCUCCAACUUCUACUACAGGGCAUACCUACAGAAACAACCUGUCAAUCAAGGCAAGAAGACUAGCUGAUUGGUCAGGGAAAGGGUUGGGAUGUACCAUUCCCUCAGAGGGGUGCAGAGUUACCUUUUCAAUCCCUUCAAAAGCAAAUGAUUGCAAUAUUGGAGGCUUUUUUGUUAUGUCUUCCUAGUAAAACUCAAUCACUAUUAUGUAAAAGGUAUUAUCAAUGAGUUGCAAUCUUGCCUUCUUAUCAUUCCAAUAAGGUGUCGGUCAACAUUCCUCUCUUAGUCUUGCCACUAGAGAAUGCAGCCACUCAGUAACUAAACAUUUGACAGGUUGCUCAAUGAAUUACAUAGAUAAAGAACAGAUUUUUAAACAUUUUGUUAUCACUUUUGUAAUUGCAAUUUUUACUAUGCAAUAUUUCCAGUAACAAUUACAUCAUGUUGCCUUCAAUGUUAAUAUAUUCAAUAUAUAAGCAAAACUGUAGAUUGCAAAAUGCCAAUGGAAUUUGGAUGGGGAUAAAUAUACAGUGUAUUAAUGAUUAACUUCCAUAAGAAGGGGGUUACUAUAUAUAAUAGCAGGGAGGGCCACUUCUGUGAAACAUUUUCAACAUUAGGCAACUUGUUGCUUUCUGCUACACUACAUUAUUGUUGCAAUUUUCAACACACCCAGUUGCAAUUGCUAUCACUACAUGUAAGUCUUGUUCAGUUUGGUUAUAUUCAAUAACUUGCCACAUAAAACAGUCAUGAUAAUUUCUGUACCAUGUAACUGGGAAAAACUGAAUCAAGGAAGGUGACAGGUGCAUGUUUUCACCUAUUUCAGCUCAUAUAUUUUACAUUUGUAAUGCCAAAGACCUAAUCUUGCCUCUAGUCUAAGAUAGUGGGAGGUAUAUACAUGUAUGACUGUGCUAGUACAAUUUGUGGAUAGCGGUGAACGUUGGUUUAUCAAAAUCCUCAUGGCAAUGAAGAAUUUAUUAAUUUUUAAAUUUUAUACAUCUUUUGAAUGAAAACAUUUGGCACUGUUUGUAUUGAUAAAAGCUGCUGAUCACAUAAAAGUGAAUUUCUACUUACUAUUUAAAGGUAUAGAUGAUAAGUUAAAGAAAUAUAAUAAUUAAGUUAGUUAGAGAUGCUUAAUGCACUUGUAAGGGCUUGUGAAAUUGAUAGAUUCUGGUGCAAUGGUGAAGGUUGUGUGAAAUAAACAUUUGAUA